GCGCCCGGAGCCGCAGCGGUAGGGCCGGGGCCCGACCGGGCCGGGACCGGGCCGGAAUCGGACCUGAACCGGACCCGAACCGGACCCGAACCGGACCCGGACCGGACCCGACCGGACCGGUUCGGAGCCGGGUGAGGGCAGGGCCUGGCGCUGCGCCGGGCAGCGCGGCUGCAUGAGGUUGAUGCUGCUGUGCUGUACCUGGAGGGACGAGCCUAUGGGAGAGGACGAAGGGACCGACCUGCCGGUGUGUGCGAGCUGCGGGCAGGGCAUCUAUGAUGGGCAGUACCUGCAGGCGCUUAACGCGGAUUGGCAUGCCGACUGCUUCCGGUGCUGUGAGUGUGGGUCCUCCCUGUCCCACCAGUACUACGAGAAGGAUGGGCGGCUGUACUGUAAGAAGGAUUACUGGGUGCGCUUUGGGGAGCUCUGCCAUGGCUGCUCUGAACAGAUCACCAAGGGGCUUGUCAUGGUGGCCGGGGAGCAAAAGUACCACCCUGAGUGCUUCAGCUGCCUCAACUGCCACAUAUUCAUCGGUGAUGGGGACACCUACGCGCUGGUGGAGCGCUCCAAGCUCUACUGUGGGCACUGCUACUACCAGAUGGUGGUGACACCGGUCAUCGAGCAGAUCCUGCCGGAUUCACCGGCUUCCCGCAUCCCACACACCGUCACACUCGUCUCCAUCCCUGCCUGCUCUGACGGCAAACGUGGAUUCUCCGUCUCCAUCGACCAAGGCUGCGGCACUGAGCACCCCCGCACUGUCCGCGUCCGAGAAGUGGAUCCAGACUGCAUCAGCCCUGACAUGAAGAACUCCAUCCAUGUGGGCGACCGCAUCCUGGAGAUCAACGGCACUCCCAUUGGCCACGUCCCGCUGGAUGAGAUCGACUUGCUGAUCCAGGAGACCACCCGCUUGCUCCAGCUGACCAUUGAGCACGACCCCCACGAUCCUCCUGCCCGUGAACCGGGGCUUGCCUGCAGCCCCCUGCCUGCCCCAUGCAGCCCUAUGCACGCCCUGGUCCCCCCAGCCUGCGGGGAGCCCGGUGCCAUGCGCCAGCGGGCUGUCACGAGGAGCUGCAGCACAGACAAGUCUCCAGGCUCUGGCUCCGUAGGCUCACCAGCAUCCCAGCACAAGGACAUCGGGCGCUCUGAGUCAUUGCGCGUCGUCUCCCGCACCCAUCGCAUCUUCCGCCCUUCUGACCUGAUCCACGGCGAGGUGCUGGGCAAGGGCUGCUUCGGCCAGGCCAUCAAGGUAACUCAUCGGGAGACAGGUGAAGUGAUGGUCAUGAAGGAGCUGAUCCGCUUCGAUGAGGAGACGCAAAGGACCUUCCUCAAAGAGGUGAAGGUGAUGCGCUGCCUGGAGCACCCGAAUGUCCUCAAGUUCAUUGGGGUGCUGUACAAGGAGAAGAGGCUCAACUUUAUCACAGAGUACAUCAAGGGGGGCACCUUGAGGGGCCUCAUUAAGAGCAUGGUGAGCACUGUAGGGGCAGGUCAGCCCACCACCACCCCACAGCCCCAGUGGGGCUUGGGGACCUCUUUCUCUUUGGCAAAUUUCCCCUCCUGCCCCCAGGACAGCCACUACCCCUGGAGCCAGCGGGUCAGCUUCGCCAAGGACAUCGCUGCUGGCAUGGCCUACCUCCACUCCAUGAACAUCAUCCACCGGGACCUCAACUCUCACAACUGCCUUGUGCGGGAGGACAAGAGUGUGGUGGUGGCUGAUUUUGGGCUGGCACGGUUGAUGGUGGAUGAGAAGAAUCAGCCUGAGCAUCUCAAGAACCUGAAGAAACCGGACCGUAAGAAGCGGUAUACAGUGGUGGGGAACCCAUACUGGAUGGCCCCAGAGAUGAUCAAUGGGAGGAGCUACGAUGAGAAGGUGGACAUCUUCUCUUUUGGCAUCGUCCUGUGUGAGAUCAUUGGCCGGGUGAGCGCUGACCCUGACUACCUGCCCCGCACCACUGACUUCGGCCUCAAUGUCAGGGGCUUCUUGGACCGCUACUGUCCCCCAGCCUGUCCCCACAGUUUCUUCCCCAUCGCUGUCUGCUGCUGCGAUCUGGACCCCGAGAAGCGGCCAUCCUUCAGCAAGCUGGAGCAGUGGCUGGAAAACCUCCAUAUGCAUCUGGAGAUCCACCUCCCGCUUAGCUCCCAGCUGGAGCAGCUGGACCGAGCCUUCGGGGAGAUGCACCGGCGGGGCGAGGGCGGGCUGCCUGCACCCGCUCGAUAGACCCCUGCAUCCCCUCUGGAACCGCAGGACAAGGAGCUGCGCCCGCCGCCAGCAUCUGCUCUGGCUGUCAUCACCCCCAGGGCUGGAUCCCUGGGGCGCCCAUCUCCUCUGCACGGGCUGCCCACUGCUGCCCACACUGUCCCUGGGAGCUGGCUCUCCCCAGGGCUGCAUGGCCCCUGCACGCUGUAGCUGAUACCCCUGGAGAAGCCUGGCCACACCAUGGGGACCAUCCUCAUGUCCCCCUGGCUUGCUUUGCCUUCACCCUGUGGGGCUGCGUGGCCAUUGGCCCCACACGUGCCCAGUGGGCUGCCCCGUACAGAGCCGCGGCCUCGCGGUGGUGCCUUGGCUUUCUGUGAACUUGCACUGCAACACAGGAGGGAACCUCCAGAGGGUUCCUUUGGUGGGGGUACAUGGCCCCUUGCCCCCCAGGCUCGUAGGAAUGCACUUGUCCUCGGCCAGCCCCUCUAACGCUGCUCCUGCUGGCACCCGAGGCUUGGGGGACUGCCAGCACCCCCGGCUGAGCAAGGGACCCAUGGGGGAUGGGGGCCACCCAUCUGGUCACCACUGCUCUCACAUCCCUGCUGCCCGUGCUAAUCCAUGACUGCGCAUCCCUGUGGACAGCACCAAGUGGUCCGGAGGGAUGCAGGGGUGUGGAUGCCCUUGACCUGGCAUGGUUGGGGAGGGGGGGGAAGAGUGUGCCAUGCGGUGCUUUUCAUGCUCUUUAUUCAGGUUCAUUUUUCUGUAAGAUAUUUAAAGAGAAGAGUUGGUAUUAUUUUUUCAUACGAUGUAGCGUUUGCCAUUUGUCACUGCCUCGGUUCUGCUUUCCCAAAGGGAUGAAACUGUGAAGCCUCUCAGUGCACUUGUGCCCGGGAAGUCAAAGGCGAUGUCCUCUCCAGAGGUGGGAAGGGAGCUCAAACUGUGAUGUACCCCGAGCCGUGAGUCAAUAA